AUGGCGAGCGCCGCGAUGGUCGUGUACUGCUUCGACACGCUACAGUCGCAUUUCGAUGGUGGCACCGAGCCCACGCCGCGCUUCGAUGUGCACGAGGAAUAUCCACUGUUCGUGACGUGGGAGAUCGACGAACACGGCGGGACUCGCCUGCGUGGCUGUAUCGGGACGUUAGCACCCACGCGGCUUCGCAAUCUUCGCGACUUCACCUUCAAAAGCGCGCUGCGUGAUCACCGCUUCGACCCCAUCGGACCGCAGGAGCUGCAUCGCCUGCACUGCUCCGUGUCGCUGCUCAUCGACUACGAGGACGCCGAAAGUUACGACGACUGGGAGGUCGACGCUUUUGCUUUAUAA